AUGGCAGCUAUUGCAUCUGUCUUGUUGCUAUUUACUUUCAGCUGGAUGCUAGAAAGUCAUUCCUUUUUACUAAUGAAAGGCAGAUUAGAUGAAGCAAGAAAAUCUUUGGACAUUUUUAGAGAUACCGUAAACUACAAAAACUAUACAGAAGAAACGUUAGCUGAAGCUCUUAAUGAUAUAAAAAAUAAACGGAUAUCAUUACGCGGUGCUGCGGAAAAAUAUGGUAUACAUCGAAAUACUUUAUGGCUGAAAAUUAAAGAACGGCACAAAAACAGGCCUGGACAACAAAAAGUAUUUACCGACCAAGAAGAAGAUGCCUUUGCCGCCCAUAUUAUCACUGUGUCAACUUUCGGUUUUCCCGUAAGCACAUUUGAUCUAAGAUGUAUAGUUAAAUCGUAUAUAGAACGCCAAGGCAAAAAAGUUAAGCCUUUUAAAAACAAUAUGCCAGGGCCUGAUUGGGUCAAGUCCUUUUUGAAGCGACAGCCGCAGCUUUCACAGAGAAUCGCGCAGAAUAUUACACAUGCUAGGGCUGCCACUGAUGAAGAAACUGUAAAAAAUUUCUUUGAUAAUUUGGAGGCUGAGUUAGAAGGAAUUGCUGCAGAAAAUAUAUGGAAUUAUGACGAAACAAACGUUGUUGACGACCCAGGCCAGACAAAAAUAAUAACCAAAAAGGGGAACAAAGUACCCUGA